CUAGCGCUGGUUUCUGCGAGCGCCAUAGUCACCGGUGAACAUGGAGAUGACAUCUCUGACUCCAGCUAGUAAAGAUUUAUUUGGCUUGAUUGCAGAUGACUACAAAUGGCAAGGAGGCUGAAUACUGGGACCAGGGACAGAACAGCGUGGUCCCAAUGAGCGACCUGACGGAUGUGACACAAGAAAAGCCACCUUGGUUUCUACUUGCACGCUGCCGCAACUGCGAUGAGACUGCACUUUGCAGUCACACCCAGAUUCUCCAAGCAGAAGUCAGAGCCUCGCUUUGUAGGAACGAUGCCAAGCGAGAGAUGGUUCCUGACCCAAACGCACCACGCUUUGGACACAUGGCACCGCGCGACAGUGAGAGGAGAUGGAACCUGGAGGAGCGAAUGGACCCGUCCCGAAGCCUCCAUCCAGAUUAGUGGUUUCCUGCAGCCCAGUCUAGUGCCAUAGCAGUCUUUCUUCCUUGAAUUUAUUACAACAAGGAGUGAAAAAACCCACCAGUGAUGACCUCGGAUAAUUUAUCGGAAAUGAUAACAGCGAAGCCCUUCCCGAGUCCAUCCCAUCUGCUCCUGGAACGCUGCCUCACUUCAUGGAGGAGCCAGAUGAUGCCUACAUCAUCAAAAGCAACCCCAUCGUCUUGCGCUGUAAAGCCAUGCCAGCCAUGCAGAUCUUCUUCAAGUGCAACGGUGAAUGGGUCCACCAGAACGAGCACGUGUCCGAGGAGAGCAUGGACGAGAGCACAGGACUGAAAGUCCGAGAGGUUUUCAUCAACGUGACGAGACAGCAGGUGGAAGAUUUCCAUGGGCCAGAAGACUAUUGGUGCCAGUGUGUGGCGUGGAGCCACCUGGGGACCUCCAAGAGCAGGAAGGCGUCUGUCCGCAUCGCUUAUCUACGGAAAAACUUUGAGCAAGACCCCCAAGGGAAGGAGGUUCCCAUCGAAGGGAUGAUCGUUCUGCACUGCCGGCCGCCCGAGGGGGUCCCCGCCGCCGAGGUGGAAUGGCUGAAGAACGAGGAGCCCAUCGAUUCCAACCUGGACGAGAACAUCGACACCAGGGCCGACCACAACCUCAUCAUCCGCCAGGCGCGGCUGUCGGACUCGGGGAACUACACCUGCAUGGCCGCCAACAUCGUCGCCAAGAGGAGGAGCAUGUCUGCCACCGUCGUGGUGUACGUUAACGGGGGUUGGUCGUCAUGGACCGAGUGGUCGAACUGCAACGCACGGUGUGGCCGGGGCUGGCAGAAGCGCUCACGGACCUGCACCAACCCGGCCCCGCUCAACGGAGGUGCCUUUUGUGAAGGGAUGUCAGUGCAGAAAAUCACCUGCACUUCUCUUUGUCCCGUGGACGGCAGCUGGGAGGUGUGGAGCGAGUGGUCGGUGUGCAGCCCCGAGUGCGAGCACCUGCGGGUCCGCGAGUGCGUCGCGCCCCCGCCCCGCAACGGCGGCAAGUUCUGCGAGGGCCUGAGCCAGGAGUCCGAGAACUGCACCGAGGGGCUUUGCAUUCAAGAUAUCGAGACGGGCAGUGACAUCGCGCUGUACUCGGGCCUGGGAGCCGCCGUCAUCGCCGUGGCCGUGCUGGUGGUCGGCGUCACCCUGUACAGGAGGAGUCAGAGGAACUCGCUGCUGCUGAACCCGUCGCUGCAGCCGGAGCUGAUGGGCAGCAGGACGUACAGCGGCCCCAUCUGCCUGCAGGACCCCAUGGACAAGGAGCUGAUGACCGAGUCCUCCCUCUUCAAGCCCCUGCCCGACAUCAAGGUCAAGGUCCAGAGCUCCUUCAUGGUGUCCCUGGGGGUGACGGAGAGGGCCGAGUUCCAUGGGAAGGCGCAUGCUGGAACGUUUCCUCACGGCAACAAUCGAGCUUUUGGUACGAUACAGGCUAGAAACAAGGCUGCGUACAUCCAGAACCUGUCUUCUAUUUCAACAAGAAGCGAGCUGAGAACAGCGGCUCUUUUUGGACACCUGGGUGGACGUUUAGUGGUUCCAAACACAGGAGUCAGUUUAUUGAUCCCACAUGGAGCGAUUCCUGAAGAGAGUUCAUGGGAAAUCUAUCUGGCCGUCACUCAAAAGGAGUCCAGCCUGCAGCCGGACGGCCCCGCUGUGCUGCUGGGCCCCGCGGUGACGUGCGGCCCCGCGGAGCUGGGCGUGCGCAGCCCCUGCGCCCUCACCAUCCCGCACUGCGCGCACCCCGACCCCCAGCACUGGAGCAUCCACCUGAAGAGGAGGACGCAGCAAGGGAAAUGGGAGGAAGUGAUGUCUGUGGAAGAGGAAACUACUUCUUGCUACUGCCUGUUGGAUCCUUAUGCCUGUCACAUUCUCUUAAACAGCUUUGGAACUUAUGCUCUUAUUGGAGAACCCAUCUCUGACUGUGCCGUUCGACAGCUGAAAGUCGCGGUUUUUGGCUGCCUGUCUUGCAAUUCUCUGGAUUACAAUCUGAGAGUAUAUUGUAUGGAUAACACGCCUUGUGCAUUUCAGGAAGUGGUGUCGGACGAACGGCUCCAGGGAGGACAGCUGCUGGAGGAGCCCAAACUGCUGCACUUCCGAGGGAACACCUUCAGCCUGCAGAUCUCCGUCCUCGACAUCCCCCCGUUCCUGUGGAGGAUUAAGCCCUUCUCCGCGUGUCAGGAGGUGCCGUUCUCCCGCGUGUGGGGCAGCAGCCAGCAGCCGCUGCUCUGCGGCUUCUCCCUGGAGCGCUACAGCCCGGCCACCAGGCAGCUGUCCUGCAAGGUCUGCGUGCGGCAGCUGCAGGGCCACGAGCAGAUCCUGCACAUCCGCACGGCCGUCCUGGAGAGUGAAAGAGAAACCAUCCCGUUCUUUGCACACGACGACAGCAACUUCCCCGCGCUGAUGGGUCCCAAAGCAUUCAAAAUCCCCUACUCCAUCAGACAGCGAAUCUGCGCAACGUUCGACACACCCAACACCAAAGGCAAGGACUGGCAGAUGCUGGCACAAAAGAACAGCAUUAACAGGAAUCUCUCCUACUUCGCCGCGCAGAGCAGCCCGUCCGCCGUCAUCCUGGACCUGUGGGAAGCCCGACACCAGCACGACGGCGACCUCGACUCGCUUGCCUGUGCCCUGGAGGAGAUAGGAAGGACACACUCCAAACUCUCAGACGCAACAGAAACUGAGCCUGAGGAGCCUGACUUCAACAGCAGCAGACAAAACGGACUUUAGUCACUUCUUUCCACUCAAGAACUGACGGCCAGCUCUGACUCUUACACGAGAGAAUCUCUUGGCAGGGAGGAACUGGGAGUUUCUGUGCGCUCUGUAUGGAAAUGGACGUUUCCACAAUGCAGCGGGAGGAGCAGAAGCGCCCUAUUAAAAAUCAGCUCAGUCGUAAGGAAAACACAAGCUUCUCCCUGUCCUCUCUCAUUGAAAAUACAUGUUUUAAUGUCAAAAACAAAACGACGUAUCUGUUAUUCCUGGGGCAGGAAGGAGAGAGAUACAGAGCCAUAAAAGGUAAAUAUUACGACAUAGUGUAUUUAGGAAACAAUAAUGUUAAUAUAAUGCCUAGUGAAAAUCAGCAAAUCAGAUAUUGGAUAUUUAGAGCCACUAGAGGUUAAUCCUAGUUGAAAGGUUUGUCUUCUUGGGCCUUGAGCCCCUUUGUCCUUCAUUUCUAACAUCCCACACCUACAGAGUGGCCUUAAAUAUCACUGUGUGGUCACUUCAUACCUGCUACAGGAAAGCUGACAACCUGGCCUCCUCCUCGUCACAUCUUGGAGGAACCACAAGAUCUCAACUAUUUAAUUGAUAUCAUGUGUAUUCCAAACAAUUUCUUAAAAAAGGAAAACCCAUGUAAUCACUGUACAUUUGCUGCAGAGCAAAAAAGUAAAGGUAAAGCCAAUCCACACAGCUGAAUUUUGCUUUAGUUCCAGGUUGAAACAAUAAACCCCACAUGGUACUGCCAAAAUUGGCUUGAUUUCAUUGUACAAUUUGGAAAUUUCCCAGGAUAUAAAGCUGGCUGUGUUAUACUCGGUUUAGUUGCAAACAUGUUGCAUUCACCACCAAAACCAAAUCAAGCUAGAGAAUUCUCCUAAUUUUUUAUCUAUUUCAUACAAAAAUAAUUUCUUACUUCGACUGAACCAAAAAGCCAGACAGCUGUCACUGUGAGCCCCAGGGGAACUGGGACUGAGCCGCAUUCAGCCAUUAUUUUACUCAUAUUCUUUAAACUCAGCCAAGGUGCUCAUUACUUCUCACCCCAGGCUAUCGGCGAAGCCUCCAGGAGCCUUCUGGAAAUGCAAGAAAUUAAACCCAAGCAUUCUGAGCUUUGUCCACCACCGGGUUUGGCCCAGAACAGCAUGACAGGCCAUAGCGUAGCACUUAAGCGUGCAAAUCUAUAAUAACCUCCAACUGUACCUUUACCCAGGAUUCCAGUUCUGAAGAGUACGAUGAGCCUCCUGAUGUAAGGCUUUCUUUGUUCUCGCUGAUCUCAACAUACACAUUUCCUUGCCCUCCCAGCUCAGCGGGCUGGAACAGUCCCAGACUUAGACUUCCCCAAGCAUCCUCUGCACUUUAGUAUUUCAUGCAGUCUGACAUGAGAGCUCCUGUUUGCAACAGGAAACCGUAAUGGCUGCAAGCAUAUUUAAAACUGAGACAAAAAUACCAGCUUCUUUGGCAGCAAGCUGUCACUGUUUUCAGCAGCACAUGGUUCUCGCUGUGUUUGAAUUAUAUUCCUAGUGACUUCCAGUCCUCCUCCUCAGAAACCUGUUCGGCAUUGGAUGAAAUGUCAUGAAUUUUAAAAAAAUAGGGAAUGGCAUCCAGAGAAAAGCAGCGAGUUCAGCGAGCGGCGUUGUCUGGGCAACCAGCCACAGUGCUCUCCAGCAGUUCAUCUGCCCGCAGCUUCUCCCCAAGUGCAGUUGAACUCUCUAACCAGCCCAGCUCAGCUCCCCCCGCAGAGCUCAGCGCCACCCUGCCGUGCUGUGACACGGCCACGGCGUCCCAGGAGCCGCACCUAUCCUCCCCCUUGCUUUCCAUAGGCACACAAGCUGUGUGCACGUGUGUCCGAAGAGCCGCCGUGCGGAGCUCGGCACUGACGUGGUCUCUCAGGACAUGCCCGUGUUUGCUCUCGGAGCCGGGCAGCCUGGAGAAGCCUCCGUGUCCAGCACCCGCCGACCGCCCGGGAGCAAGAGACACAAACCAGCAGCUCUGGAGACCUUGGCCAGAGCACAUCCCAAAGAGCCCGGAGUGACGCGCUCCGGGCUGGGCACCAAACCCGCGCGGUCCAGUGUCUGAAGCAGCCAAGACAAGACCAGAUGUGCCGGGUUUGCUGCCAGGCGUGCAGGGCAGAGCUGCUGCCUUGUCCAGCUCCACACAAGCCGCUGGAAGCUGGCUUUGCAAUCCAGUGUUCUCUCAGAACAAUAACUCAGAAUUUGUAUGCAAAUGCUAUAUAAAUAGAUACAUUGAACAUCAUUAGCAAUCUUAACAUUCCAAAGGCACAUUUUUAACAUCUAUGUUAAAAGGUGUCUUUGGAAACCUCUAGACAUAUAUGUAUGAUUCGAUACACAAUACAGAUGUAAAGGAGCAUCUGAAGCAGGAUUAGAGGCCAAAAAUUAAUUUAUUCCUCUCCUCUAUUUCAUAAAUUAUGACUUUUGGAAAAUAAUUUUAAAAAUCUCAUCACAAACUAGAACAUAAAAGAAAGAGAAAGGUAAUGUCAUACACUUAGGAUUCCAUCCAGCUGCCGAGUCUGAGCCGGUGAAACAGCCAUUCUGAUUUCACAUCACCAGAGAAUCUGCUCCGGUGUAUUUUCAUCAUCCUAAGCACUUUGCCCAGAUAUUUCUGUGUUACAAAUCAUUUAAGACUAAUAGUUGCAUUUUUAAAAUGACUUACAAUUUUGUCACCAAAACGGUGCCCUUGGCAGCUCCGUAAAGCCAUUCGCAGCCUUUACCGCGCUGCUUUUGCAGUCCUGCUCGUUCCGGUCCAGCCCUUCAAGCCACAAGGAAAGGAACCUGCUCUGCAGAUUGCAAUUCAAACUUCAUUUACCGGCGCAAGUCCCACGAACCCGAGAUGGGAUUGAGCUUUUUGCAACAGGUUAAAAGAUCUUGACGCAAUUCUCUGAACAUGCAGGGCACUAUUUCUGCUGUCAUUUCUCCCCGGGGGCUGCGCGCGGCUCGCUCGCACGUUCAGGGAGCAGCUUUCCAGCGCAGGCCACUCAAACACAUCUUGUCGUAGGACCACACGGUAUCAGCAUCGUACUCAACAUCCGCUCUUUUCUCUUUCACUUGGAAGACAGUGCUACAUGGCAGUUUCAACCAUUCAGUAACUGAUCAAUUCCACUACAAAAAGUACAGCUUAUGUAUACAGCCCAGCCAGAACACGUCAGGAACUCUUUGUAAUAUUCGAUAUUUGAAUAUUUUUUUCAGUCUAUCUCUGCCUAUAAAACAUAGAUUUAAGCAUAGAUUUAAACAUAGAUUUUUGACACGCUGAAGGGUGGUUUCUAGGGGCUGGUCAUGUGUGGUACAAGCUCUGGCGAAGCCACUCCCUUGACACUGUUCCUGCUUCAGAAGAGGUCGGCGGGUUUCGGCAGCAGCUCGUGAAGUGGCACCUAUAUCCUUUCUUGGAUACAGGACUGUCUAGUUAAAAUUACUUAAAACAUAAAGCAUUCCUGAGCAAAUAUGAUAACUUAAAAUACUAGGUAUAUACCACACAAUACCUAUAGCCACAAAUAAACCUCAGUAUGCUGGUAGAAGAUCAUGAAUCACUUUCUGGUACCACACCGUCUAGCUGCUCUUUUCUCUCAUUGCCAAUACUAGCGUAAAUGGUAGCAAAAAUCCAUGGACAAAUAUAAAUCAAUCACUCUAAGACUAAGGAAUCACUUAGAGAAUCACUUGAUAGUAACAGCAUCCGCAAUGCAGAAAACAGAACUGAUGUUCUGCUCAUUGCCACAGCAAAGAAAAGUCUGUCAGCCUCCAUGUUCACUGUUCUGUCCGAAACGAAACUCAAUGUCUAGGAACUUGCCACUCUACUUUUUGUAUUAGAGGUGAAUAGUACAGAUUCUGCUAGUGUUUCUUGUCUGGGGCUCGGGUGGGUAGGGGGGUGUAUUGUAACUUUCAAGCUAUUGCAAAAGCUGCUUUUAACUAAGCUGUUCAAUUGUUUUGAAUAACUGGUUUGUGCUUUACAAGGGAACCCGGCAGAUUCCGGGGUGGCCUCUGCCUCGCUGUCACAGGUACUAGAGCUGAAGUCACUUGUGAGAACUUAGCUAAGGGACGGGGAGAUUAGACCCAUCCCAGCGUGUGAUGUGUGUGCUGUAACCUGCCCAGAUUAGACACUCACCGUAGAGCCGUGGUGUUGUCUGCCCUGGUGUGAUAACCGUGGUUGGAAUUUGAGACGAUGUCAAACCCCCGUGUUACCUGCUCUCUGUAUAUAAAUUCAUUGUCUAAUCCCAGAAGGAAAUGUGUAGCACAAAAUGAAGUUAAGGGUGCUCUGCGCCAAGCCUGCUCCAAGUAGGAGAGGGAAGACAUGGAUCUAACUGCAAGCGUAUUUGCUACAGAAAAGAAUGUUUCCUAACAAAUCCUCACUUCGAGCUGACCGAAGCUUUGGUUUGGCAGUUUACAAAAUGUAAGACCCGGUGUUUCCCAUACUGAAAUUUGGAAUAUAAACCUUACCGUGCUAUCUUUUCAAGCAAUUCCUCAGUUUUCCCUAUUCGUGCACUGAAGUCGGAGGGGGAGGCAGGAAUGUUUUUACAUGAAGCUGUAGACUUUUGCAUCCUAAACCCCAGAUACCAUUACCGAACCUCACAAAGUUCCCUGACGCAUCAGUAAGCGGUGCACACACACACACGUAUACCAUAUAUAUAUAUGCCCCACUGGGGAUGUGGCACACACAUCCGGUGUAUAUUUGGGACCAGCACGCUGACGCCACAUAAUGUGUGAGCUGGGCGAUCAGCUGCCUCCUCGCGCCUCUCCCAACCCGCCGCGCGCCGCGACUGCUGCUCCAUGUGCGCCUUUGGGUAGCUCAGACGCAGUGAAACGUGACGCUGGUCACUCCAGUGAGACCUACGCUGAAAACCAGCCAUUGCAUUUGCAACUUGCAAAACCUCUGACCAGCCCUUUGCUGAAAAGGGGAGGGGGAGCGUCAACCUAAUCAAACACAAAAAACAAAUGAUAAAUGUUCCUCUAGAGAGACCUGUUUUCUAUUCCGCUCCUUUAUUUUCACAAUUAAUAGGUUCUAAAACUGUUGGUUCUCGCUCGUCUGACUGAGCACCCUUCCCUCCACCUGCUUCUCCCCACGGUUUCAGUGUGUUGGGAACUGAAGAAGAGCAGAGGUUUGAAUCCUCUCUUUAGUAUGAAGCUGAAGGAGUAGGAAGAGUCAGAAGAACAUCAAAUAAACAGCACGGCCUUGGCUUCAUACCACACUUUCUGUGCCUUGUUCUAUCAAUGUAAAUUCUGAAUGUUGUACAGUAAAAUACUUGGGAAAGACUCCUUGGAAAAGGCUGCACUGGCUUCUUUUUCAGCACGUGUACAUAUAUAAAUAUAUACAUAUAUAUAUUUGGUAAUGCCAAACAGCUGUGUUAUAUUGUACCGAAAUGUAAUAAUGGACAGUUUGGAUGUUUUAUGUAGAGUUUGCAAAAACUGUAUGGCUAUAGCCUUUUGAAGAUAAAUGUACAGAAGUAAAUUACUGCAUAUCAGUUAUUUAUGAAUAAAAAGUCUUUUACUGACA